CUGAGCUUGAUGGGAAAACUGUGUCAACGGAGGUUGAGGAGAAAAAUGAAAUAUCUGAACUGGUUGGAAUAGCGGAGACAUCUGAACUUGAUUGAAUGGCGGAGAUAUCCGAACUUGGCGAGAAAUCAGAGAUGCCUGAAGUUGAUGGGAUUACUGAAUCAUCGGAACUUGAUGGGAUAAAGGAGUUAUCUGAACUAGUUGCAAAAAUUGCAGUGUCUGAGCUAGAUGGAAAAGAGGAUAAAUCCGAAGGAAUAAAUGAGGCAUCUGAACCGCUUUGUAUAGCGGAACCAUCAGGCGAUGAACUAGAUACUGCAGAUUCUGUUGUUGAACUAAGAACAUCUGUCACUGACGGUGAACUGAAAACCGCUGAAUCUGUACUUGAAAUAGGGACUGGUGACUGUGAUGCAAGAUCAGAUAUUGGUGGUUCUACGGAUGCACUAGGGAUUAUCGUGUCUGAAGCUGAAGUAGAAACUGCAUUAUCUGUUGUUGAACCAGGGACUAUCGAGUCUGAUGCUGAAGUAAAGACCACAGAAUCUGUUGUUGAGCCAAAGGCUACCGAGUCUGUUGUUGAACUAGACGCUGGCGAGUCUGUUGUUGACAGGGCUAUUGAAUCUGUUGUUGAACUUAACACUGGUGAGUCUGUUGUUGAACCAAGGGCUAUAGAGUCUGUUGUUGAACUAAACACUGCCGAGUCUGAUGUUGAACUAAACACUGGUGAGUCUGUUGUUGAGCCAAGGGCUAUCGAUUCUGAUGUUGAACUAAACACUGCCAAAUCUGUCGUUGAACCAAGGGCUGUCGAGUCAGAUGUUGAACUUAACAAUGGUGAGUCUGUUGUUGAACCAAGGGCUACCGUGUCUGUUGUUGAACUAGACGCUGGCGAGUCUGUUGUUGACAGGGCUAUUGAGUCUGUUGUUGAACUAAACACUGGUGAGUUUGUUGUUGAACUAAACACUGGCGAGUCUGUUGAUGAACUAAACACUGCCGAGUCUGAUGUUGAACUAAACACUGGUGAGUCUGUUGUUGAACCAAGGGCUAUCGAGUCUGUUGUUGAACUAGACACUGCCGAAUCUGUUGAACCAAGGGCUAUCGAGUCUGAUGUUGAACUAAACACUAGCAAGUCUGUUGUUGAACUAAACACUGGCGAGUCUGUUGUUGAACUAAACACUGCCGAGUCUGAUGUUGAACUAAACACUGGCGAGUCUGUUGUUGAACCAACUAUCGAAUCUGAUGCCGAAGUAACGACUGCUGAGUCUGCAGAGUUUGUAACUGGUGAACUAAAGACUGCUGUGUCUGUUGUUGAGUUUAACACUUCUGACCCUGUUGUUGAACCAGGGACUACCGAGACAGACGCUGAACUAGAUACUGCUGAGUCUGAGGCUGUGAUAGAGAGAGCGGAAUCUGAGGCCGAAUUUGAUACCGUGCUGACGGCUGAUUCACUGGUUACACUUGAUCCCACUAAUCCAGGAGCUACAACGAAGUAUCAAAAAUUCUAA